AUUUUAUUCAUAAUUAAACGGGUAUUAGUAGUGCCCGACGGUACGAGCUGCGGGAGAUUGCGGUAAUUUCAAAACCCUGCACUUGCUUCAGCUCCACCCUUGACCGCCACCGCCACCCACCUUCACUGGAAAACGGCUUCCUCCAACUUCAAGGAAUUGCUCAGGAAGCAGGAACAAGAAGCCGCAGCAGAAGCAUGUCAUCCCUAAGGAAUGCUAUUCCCAAAAGGGCUCACAAGGAGCGAUCUCAACCGCACUCAAGGAAGAAAUAUGGACUCCUUGAGAAACACAAGGACUAUGUUGUCCGUGCAAAAGCUUUCCACAAGAAAGAGGAAACUUUACGGAGGCUCAAGGAGAAAGCUGCUUUUAGGAAUCCUGAUGAGUUUUACUUCAAGAUGAUUAAAACUAGAACUGUCCAUGGAGUUCAUAGACCAGAGAGUCAAGCAAACAAAUACACUCAUGAAGAGCUCAUGUUGAUGAAGACACAGGAUAUUGGGUAUGUUCUUCAGAAACUGCAAAGUGAAAAGAAGAAAAUUGAAAAACUGACAGCCAUAUUGCACUCUCUUGAUAUUCAGCCAUCAAACAGGCAUAUUUACUAUGCUGAAGACAGGGAGGAGGCUAGAGAGUUAAAGUCACGGUCUUCAGAAAAUAAAAUUGUAAUUGCUUCUGACGAUGUCCCCAAUGACAUUAAGAGGAAAACCACCAGUUCCUACAGAGAGCUAGAAGCCCGGAAGAACAGAGUAAAUCAGUUGGAGAAAGUAUAUGCAGAUAUGGCAUUGCAGAAGGAAUUACAGAAAAAGGGUCGAAAGCGCAAACUGCAUGAAGAUGAGAUCGUCUGUCCAACUUCCAAAUCAGUAUAUAAAUGGCGAUCAGAAAGAAAGCGGUGAAAGGAAAGCUUUAUUCUUGUGGGAGGUUAAACAAAGUUCUUAUUUUGGAUCACUUCGACAGUAUGAGCUCCACGUCAUUGUCAGCUGAAGGAAUUGACGAACCACUUGAGCUGGUGGUGUGAAAUGACUGGCAUUCAAAUGUAACAUUUGUAUUUUAAAUUUUGACAUUUAAACUAUUUAAGAUGUGGUCUGGUAUCGAAAUUUGCCAUAUUUUUGACAUAUGAUUGCCACUAUUUUUAUUCAACCCUAAAUUGGCCAAAAGAGUUUUAAGUUGGUA